GAUAGAGAGAAAAGAGAGAGAGAGAGAGAGAGAGAAGAAAGAGUGAGAGAGGAAGCGAGGCAGGGACGCAGAACGGGACGCGAACGAGAGUCCAACGCGGAACGCCGUCGAGUCGCUACUCGCCAGUCACGAAAAGAUAUACGAUCGGAGUCAUCGGUGGCUGGUUUUUCCCGCCGGAUUUUCGCGAGCGAACUGGCGCCAGCAGCUGUCCGAGGCAAGUCGUGAGUCGUCCAGCAAAGACGACGGUCGGUCGGAUGUGUCGCUAGUGUGUAUAUACGUCACGCACGUGCAGUACCGAGAUCCGUCGUCUCUGUAGUGUGUGCGUACAUACAAGCGUGCGUGCGUGCGUCGUGUGUCGUGCGGGCGUGCGUGCUCUUAAUCCGGUGUGUCUCGAAAAACGUAAGUAAAGUAUUACCGAGACCGCGUGCAGAUAUCAGUAGCCUGAGUGCGCGUGAGUGACGGUGAACGCGGAGGCGAGAAGAGGAUAGCGGCGGCAGAGGACCGUAGCCGAGAAGGAAGAGGAGAUAAAGAUGAGCAAGACGUGUGCUCGCUGCGAGAAGACGGUCUACCCGAUCGAGGAGCUCAAGUGCCUCGACAAGAUAUGGCACAAGCAAUGUUUCAAGUGUCAGGGCUGCGGUAUGACCCUGAAUAUGCGGACGUACAAGGGUUUCAACAAACAGCCAUAUUGCGAGGCGCACAUACCAAAAGCCAAAGCUACGACGAUGGCAGAGACACCGGAGCUGAAGCGUAUCGCGGAGAACACGAAGAUACAGAGUAACGUUAAGUAUCAUGCAGAAUUUGAAAAGGCGAAGGGGAAGUUUACGCAAGUGGCGGACGAUCCGGAGACUCUCAGAAUUAAGCAGAAUAGCAAGAUCAUCUCGAAUGUCGCUUAUCACGGCGAGCUUGAGAAGAAGGCGAUCAUGGAGCAAAAGAGGACAAUGACCGGAGAAAACGGCGAGCAAAUAGAGUACGUAGAGUACACAGACGGUACGAUCGCACCUGCGUCGAGCAUAAACGCCAAUCCGCCGCCUACAAGGACGGCGAAUUCGCCGGUACAGAGGACACCAGGUAGGAUCGCCGAUUACGAUCCCCUUAGCGAAACGAGGCCGAGUCCCUAUUCCGCAAGGCAAGCUGCUACCACAGUCAUUUAUACGAGCGACAAGGGACCAGUGACGAAUCCACCGACACGAAAAAUCGGCUCGGUUGCUGACAUCGAUCCAGUAAAUGAAUAUUACGGAUCGUUAACGCCGGCUACAACGAUAAACAAUAAUCAACAUCAACAUCAACCUCAACAUCAAUCACCGCCACCGCCCUCCAACGUCGGAAGAGUGUACAGAGCAAUGUAUGACUACGAAGCGCAAGAUCUCGACGAGGUGAGCUUCUGCGAUGGUGAUCUAAUUGUCAACUGCACAGCUGUUGAUGAGGGUUGGAUGACUGGAUUGGUGCAGCGUACGGGACGACACGGCAUGCUACCCGCUAAUUAUGUCGAACCGGCGCAGAUUUAAAUGUUCUUUCAUGUCGAGCUUCCAUUUGCUAACUGUUGCCGCCACUUCGAUCAGAGCGCUUAAUUAAGGCGCGCUUUGCCGAAGAAAGAGACGAAAAAAAAUUACGUGAUACAAUACUCGAAAUAGCGCUUCUACUCAGCUCUUAUUAUUCGGCUGAAAUAAAGUUUGAUCGAAACGGCGCACUGUCAUCUUAGAAAAUCAGAUAAUUAGAUAUUUUAACUACUAAAGACUUUUAUUAAGAAUCUUGAUAUUUUGAUAUAAAUUUGAAAUUUUAUCUUAAUAUCAAUUGAUUGAUCAUCAUGACAUAUAUUUGGAUAAAAUAUUCCAAAAUAUGUUGAUAAAAGAAAUAGAAUAUCAAAAUUAAUUUUAUAAAUACUCAGAGACAUAUUUCAUGAGUAUCCAAGUUGAGUAUUCUCGGCUUCUAGAUGACAAUAUAUAGCUUCAUAUGUUAGAAUUCCAUGAUGGGACCAAACACACACUGCGAUAAAUUGUGUCGAUUACAAUUAAAAUUCUGACAGCUUGUGAAGCGACAUAAGCCUUGACCAACAAUUAAAACGAAUUAAGUAUAAGAUAUAUCUUCCAUGAAUGCAGUUUUCUGUAAAGCGUCAUUUACUUUUCUUUUUGCUAUCACGUACAGUUAUUAUUAUUAUUAUUAUUAUUCCUCCGUUUUGAUGUCUUUUUAGAGUUUACAUU